AUGAGCAUGGAUGCUGUUAAGAAAAAGAAACGCAGACUUAAUCUUCUGAACUCACCAACAUCAUUAAAGAUCGCAAAAUCAAAUAGGGAAAUAUCGGAAAAUGUUAUAGACUUAUGCAGUGAUGAUGAAAAUUCGGAAUUUUCACCGGAAAAAAAGCCUAAGAACAAUAAUAGUAAUACUUCACCAGGGCAGUCUAUAAGUACAAUUUUAUACUCUCCUACAACUCCUAAAAAAGAACCGCGCCCUGGAUCAACCCCAAAUAGUAAUAAGUUCCGCAGUCCUAGGUCAAACAAGUUUUUUUCGCCAACUAAAAACCGUAGAAUAACUUCUCCUCAAAAGGCAAAGAGAAGUUUAAAUAAUUCUUUAUUUUCGUACAAUGAGCCAAUGAUUCUUGAUAGAUCUUUUUCCGAAAUUUGCGAAGGUUUUGAUGAUAAGACUAUUUUUCUCUUAAAAAUUGUUCACAAAUAUCUUCAAGAUCACUCUCUUAGACGCCUGUUACCAGAAACUACAGAUAAUCUUCUAUCUAAAUGUGUGAAUGUUGUAAAACCGGGCAUGCGAUUGGUCUGCAGGCUGUACUGGCGCCGGAAAGGCUGGUAUAGAAAGAAUGAAAUAAAAAAAAUUGCUAGUGACAAUACCAAUAACAUAGAUGACCCAAGUUUGGAAUUAAUGACUAGAUCACUAGAGCAAAUUGGCUUAGUAGAAUCAUCUGUAUUUAGCGAUAACAACAAUAAAAUGACCUUCGAUGAUUUUUUUGAAUUAUUGAAACUUGAAGAAUUAAAAGAAAUAUGCAAGGAAUUAAAAUUAAAAGUCCAGACCAAAAUAGAUGCAAUUAGAUCUUUGAAAAAUUUCAGCUCUCGCACAUUGAACAUAAGCAGUUAUUUUAUGGGUCCUAAGAGUAAUAACGCAGAUAGAGUAUUAAAGAUGUUGGAACUUAAAACUGGAUCAUGCUAUAGAUUAACUGAGGCGGCACAUACAACCUUUACUAAGCUAUACCAUCUAAUGUACUUGGGAAUAGAUUAUGGUUUGAUAAGAGAAAACAGAUUAGAAUUAUUAUUGAUAAAUGACAAAGCAAAAAAAGAAACCUACCCAAUUGAUAAGGAUAUGCGCUUGGACAAUGCAAGUGUUAUUUUUAAUACAAGAGAUGAAUUUGAAAGGUACAUCAACGCAUACACAAUAUUUGAAAACUGGGAGGCAGCAAAAACGUUAAAUGAAAAGCUGGAAAUAACUUCUAAAGUUUAUUACCUAUACAAAAAAAUCAGUGAAGAAGAGAUGAAACACCCAACAUUACCUCUCACAAGUUCAAGUUACAAAUCAUUGCCCACAUGGCUGCGAAAGUAUACUUCAGCUUAUAAAUAUAUAAGAAUAUUAGAGAGCAGUAUUCAGGAAUUGAAAAAAUCAAAAACUGAAAUUCAUGAUAAGCUAGCGCUAGACAUUCUUAGCAUGUUAAUAUCACAGUCUGCAUUUAGACAGCACAAAAAGGCCGAGUGGUAUACAGAAAAGGCGCUGAUUUUACACAAGCGAAUGAAUUCUUAUAAUGAGGCUGCUGAGAUAUUAAUAGAAGGAUUCAAAUCUGAUAUGUCUGAAGAAUCCAAAGAUGCUAUGCGUCCUCGUGCGCUUAUAAUAGCGACACAGAAAACGACAUGUAAUGAAAUUGCUCGGCAUCUUAGGGAUGAGUUGUUACUAUAUGUAACCAAAGACUCAAUAUCAGAGAAAGAUUUCAAAGCUAAGCACAUUUAUAAGCACCCUAUGGAGAAUUUUUACAACAGAGGAAAAAUCAAAUUUGAAACAUUGACCUCCAAAGGAGAACGGGUAGUGGCGGAAGCGGAGGAGUUCUGUAUUACAGAGUACAUUAACAGUGGACAGUACACAAAUGGUGGCCAUUGGGAAGGCAGAAUUAUAACAACAAUUUUCUUUCUUCUUUUCUGGGACAUAAUAUAUAUGAGACUUCCAGGCAUCCGUGGCAUUUUUCUCACAUACUAUCAGAUGUUUCCACUAGACUUGUUCACCGAAAGCUUUUAUGUAAAUAGAAAAACAUUAAUAGACGAGAGGUUGGCAACGAUACAGAAUUCUGAAAAUAAUAACCUCUUGAAGAAAAUGCAAGAGACCUGGGACACCCGACCAGAAUCCGAGCUAUCGGGAAUAAACCGGAUUAUUGGCUGGGACAAUGUUAGUGCUGUUUGCUCCUGUCUCAGUCCGAUCGCAAUAGCAGCCAUUUGUCGACGUCUGGCUCUUGACUAUCGUUAUACUCAUAGUGGCUUUCCUGAUCUCACACUGUGGAACAUGCACACCAAGCAGAUUAAAUUCGUCGAGGUGAAAACUGAUUCGGACAAGCCCUCAAUAAAGCAAAGACAGUGGCUUCAUUACUUGCGAGGCUGCGGCGUCGAUGUGGAAUUUUGCUACGUCGGCGUUAACACCACGCGGUGCAGGGCCAGAGCGGGAGAUAACGACGACUAA